AAGUACAGAACAUAAUAACGUUGUUUGUUGCUUUGAGCGGCGGCUCUCAUCUUCUGCCACUGCCACUCUACUUUCUACUCCAAUAAUUAUCACUUCACCUCCAACUAAGAUAUUCUCUGCAAUUUCCCCCUUUCCUUUUAUAUAUUCCCACAACUUUCCCCAUUUAGCUUCCAAGAUUCCGUUUUUACCCGCCACCUUCACCCCUCCAAAACCCUAGUGCUUCUUAAACCCAAAAGCCUCUUCAUUGGAGACUGAGAGUGUGAGAAAUGGGGUUUUGUAUGAAUCACUGUGAGAAUGUUGUGUCCAAGCUCGUUUCUUCAUCGCCUUCGCCCUAUUUAUCCAAAGCAGAUGCUUUUCGGGUUUUUUCCCAGUUUAGGAAAACAAGCACGAAGAAGAAAUCGUCAAGUUUGAGCCUCCAAUUUCAGCCGGUGGUCUUGAAUUCGGGCAAAAUUUGGGCCCGAACGAGCCCGAUUCGGUGCGAGCAGAGUGUUGAGGGUUUUAGUAAGCAAACGGUGGUGGGGAAGAGGACGGAUAUCAAAAAGAUUUUGAUUUUAGGCGCAGGGCCUAUAGUGAUAGGGCAAGCCUGCGAGUUUGAUUAUUCAGGGACUCAGGCUUGUAAAGCGCUUAGGGAAGAAGGGUAUGAGGUGAUUUUGAUUAAUUCAAACCCGGCCACGAUUAUGACUGACCCGGAAAUGGCGGAUAGGACUUAUAUUGAGCCUAUGACGCCUGAUCUUGUAGAGCAAGUGCUCGAAAAAGAGAGGCCGGAUGCUUUGUUGCCCACCAUGGGUGGGCAGACAGCUCUGAACCUUGCAGUGGCUUUGGCUGAGAGUGGGGUUCUUGAGAAAUAUGGUGUGGAGUUAAUUGGGGCGAAACUCGAUGCCAUAAAGAAGGCAGAGGAUAGGGAUUUGUUUAAGCAGGCUAUGAAGAACAUUGGGCUAAAGACACCCCCUUCCGGGAUUGGGACUACCCUCGAGGAGUGUUUCGAGAUUGCUAACUCUAUCGGGGAGUUUCCCUUGAUUAUCCGGCCAGCGUUUACAUUGGGAGGGACCGGGGGAGGGAUUGCUUACAACAAGGAGGAGUUCGAGGCGAUAUGUAAAUCGGGGCUUGCUGCUAGCUUGACAUCUCAGGUUUUAGUUGAGAAGUCUUUGUUGGGGUGGAAGGAAUAUGAGCUUGAAGUGAUGAGAGACUUGGCAGACAAUGUGGUUAUUAUUUGUUCCAUCGAGAAUAUCGACCCGAUGGGCGUGCAUACAGGGGACUCUAUCACUGUGGCUCCUGCUCAGACAUUGACUGACAAAGAGUACCAACGCCUCCGGGAUUACUCCAUUGCUAUCAUCAGGGAAAUCGGGGUUGAAUGUGGCGGUUCCAACGUACAAUUUGCAGUCAAUCCCGAAGACGGGGAGGUAAUGAUAAUUGAAAUGAACCCCAGGGUUUCAAGAUCCUCAGCAUUAGCCUCAAAAGCUACUGGUUUUCCAAUUGCCAAGAUGGCUGCAAAGCUCUCGGUUGGCUACUCACUGGACCAGAUUCCUAACGACAUCACAAAGAAAACACCCGCAAGCUUUGAACCUUCCAUCGACUAUGUUGUUACAAAGAUACCCCGGUUUGCUUUUGAGAAAUUUCCUGGAUCAGAGCCAAUACUGACAACGCAAAUGAAGUCUGUUGGUGAAUCCAUGGCUGUAGGCCGAACAUUCCAAGAAUCAUUUCAAAAAGCAGUUCGGUCUUUAGAAUGUGGUUAUUCUGGCUGGGGUUGUGCCCCUAUUAAAGAGCUAGACUGGGACUGGGACAAAUUAAAGUACAAUCUCCGUGUGCCUAAUCCUGAUCGCAUUCAUGCCAUAUAUGCUGCAAUGAAAAGGGGAAUGAAGGUUAAUGACAUUCACGAGCUCAGUUUCAUCGACAAGUGGUUCCUUACACAACUUAAGGAGCUUGUAGAUGUUGAACAAUAUCUUUUGGCUCAUAAUUUGGCGACCUUGACAAAGGAUGACUUCUAUGAGGUGAAAAAGAGAGGUUUUAGUGACAAGCAGAUAGCUUUUGCAUUGAAAUCAACUGAGAAAGAAGUUCGUUCAAAGCGUUUGUCGUUGGGCAUAAAACCAGCAUAUAAGCGAGUUGAUACAUGCGCUGCAGAAUUUGAGGCUGAUACUCCGUAUAUGUACUCAACUUAUGACGUCGAGUGUGAAUCAGCUCCCACUCAAAGGAAGAAAGUUUUGAUUUUGGGCGGUGGACCAAACCGAAUUGGACAGGGAAUUGAGUUUGAUUACUGUUGCUGCCACACAUCUUUUGCCCUUCAGGACGCUGGCUAUGAAACAAUCAUGAUGAAUUCGAAUCCCGAGACAGUAUCUACAGAUUAUGACACAAGUGACCGUCUCUACUUUGAACCUCUAACGGUUGAAGAUGUCCUGAAUGUAAUUGACUUGGAAAGACCUGAUGGCAUCAUUGUGCAGUUCGGGGGUCAAACCCCGUUGAAACUGGCUCUUCCCAUUCAGCAAUACUUGGAUGCAAACAAACCUAAGUGCAGAAGUGGGACCGAGUAUGUUCGUAUUUGGGGUACUUCACCUGAUUCCAUAGACGCUGCUGAGGAUAGGGAGAGGUUUAAUAUUAUCUUGAAUGAACUAAAGAUUGAGCAACCGAAAGGUGGCAUUGCCAAGAGUGAAAAAGACGCUCUUGCCAUUGCAGCGGAUAUAGGGUAUCCGGUUGUUGUCCGGCCUUCCUAUGUCUUGGGUGGCCGUGCAAUGGAGAUUGUUUACAGUGACGACAAGCUUGUGAAAUACCUUGAAAACGCUGUCGAGGUGGACCCUGAGCGCCCUGUUUUGAUUGACAAAUAUUUAUCCGAUGCCAUCGAGAUUGAUGUCGAUGCGCUUGCUGAUUCACACGGUAAUGUAGUGAUUGGUGGAAUUAUGGAGCAUAUUGAGCAGGCUGGGGUUCACUCGGGUGACUCUGCUUGCAUGCUUCCCACGCAAACAGUUUCGGCAUCAUGUCUCGACACAAUCCGGUCAUGGACCGCAAAAUUAGCAAAGAGACUGAACGUGUGCGGGCUGAUGAACUGUCAGUAUGCAAUCACGGCUUCUGGGGAUGUUUUCUUGCUCGAGGCUAACCCCCGUGCAUCACGAACUGUUCCUUUCGUGUCCAAGUCAAUCGGGCGCCCGUUGGCUAAAUACGCUUCACUUGUCAUGUCAGGGAAAUCUCUUCAUGACAUACAGUUCACCGAGGAGGUUAUCCCAAGACAUGUAUCCGUCAAAGAGGCCGUUCUCCCAUUCGAGAAAUUCCAAGGCUGCGAUGUGCUCCUCGGCCCCGAGAUGCGCAGCACAGGCGAGGUAAUGGGUAUAUACUUCGAGUCUUCAGUCGCUUUCGCCAAAGCGCAGAUAGCAGCCGGCCAGAGGUUGCCACACUCUGGGACUCUGUUCCUGAGCUUAAACGACCUCACGAAGCCCCAACUCGCCACCAUAGGCCGAGCUUUCGCAGACAUCGGGUUUCAAAUAGUUGCCACUUCCGGAACCGCACACGUGCUCGAAUUGGAAAGCAUUCCGGUGGAGAGAGUGCUGAAAAUGCACGAAGGGAGGCCGCACGCUGGCGACCUGAUCGCAAAUGGGCAGAUCCAGUUGAUGGUGAUCACUAGCUCGGGCGACACGCUCGACCAGAUUGACGGGCGCAAACUGAGGAGGAUGGCGCUUGCGUACAAGAUCCCGGUGAUCACCACCGUUGCCGGGGCGUUGGCCACUGCCAAGGCAAUCAAGAGCUUGAAACAGAACAAGAUUGUGAUGUCAGCUCUUCAGGACUACUUCAACAUUCCCACGGAAGCAGAGCGUGGCAAAAACCUGCAGUCUGCAUCCUCCAUUUCUUCUUCUUCUUCUAGCUGAUUAGACAUUAGAGAUAAAGUAAAAUCCAUGUUUUAAUGUUCCCUGCGUUUUUUGAUCUUAUUGCUCUCAAAUUCCAUUCUAGACUCUAUUCACUUAAUGGGUUUGUUAAGGAUGUAUUCUUCCUUUUUCAUUGCUGCUUUGUAGAUUACUCAGUGUUACUAAUAAAAGCCACAUCUUUGGUGUGUCUA